UGUAACGUGCUGUAGAAGACGACGAAGGGACAAGAGGAAGAAAGAUGACAGGGCGCGCAAAAAGAAAACCCAAAUCUGCUCAGGACGCAGGUGGAGAAACUGGGAAGUCAAAGAAGGCCUGUACUGAAGAAUCAAAAUUCAAGCCAGAGCAACAUGACGAGAUGGUACGACUGUACAAGCUUGAAAUGCCAGAUGAUCUGUACCACUUCUGGGAUUUCUGCAAGGAGCUUUGUCCUGACAACCCUCGUGAUGCACUGAGAGACGCACUCGGUUUACAGCUGGUUGGUCCUUUUGACAUUCUUGCUGGAGCUCACAAAAACUCACAGAACGCUCAGCCUAACUUUCAUCUUCACUGGAGGUACAUUUAUGACCCACCAGAGUUUCAGACCAUACUACUUGGAAGUGAGGACAGUGAACAUCACAUGGGCUAUUACAGAGACACUCCAGACUCUCUUCCUUCAUUUGUUGGGGAAAAUGAAGCCAAGAAGGGCUGCACCAUUACGCAGAUGGGGGACAAUGUGUUUGCUGCUGUCCUCUUAUUUCUGCUGAGAAAGAGGAAAGAGAGAGGCAGCAAGAAAGCAAGGGGAGACGCUUUGGAAAGCCUGGAGACAAAGCUGAGAGAACGGGCAGAGACUCUGGACUUGUCUCUAGAGCAGAAGACCAAAGGCAUGAAACAGAGGGACAAGAAGGUGGUCACAAAGACGUUCCAUGGGGCUGGCAUUGUUGUGCCUGUAGACAAGAAUGAUGUAGGAUACAGAGAACUGCCAGAAACAGACGCUGACCUCAAAAAGAUCUGCAAGGCAAUCGCUGAAGCAAAGAAUGAUGAGGAGCGUAUCAGAGCCUUUGGACCUCUGCAAGAGAUUAUCACCUUUGUUCAAUUCGCCAACGAUGAGUGCGACUAUGGAAUGGGUUAUGAACUUGGAAUAGACCUCUUCUGUUAUGGAUCCCGUUAUCUUCACAAGGCAAUCAAUAAAGUCCUGCCCCUGGCCUACAGCUUGCUGAAAAGAAAUUUAUUUGCAGAAGUUUUGGAAGCCCACCUCACCAGCCGUAGCCAUGACAACCUGGACCAACUCUCUGCACACUAAAAAGACUCGGAAGUUAAUUUCAAUUCUUGUUCUUAUAAGCUUUUUCCCACCAUGUGUUAAUUCCCUAUGUUGUUUGUCAUUGUUGAUGUUUCUUGGUGGAUUUGGUGCUGCUAUCAUUGAUUGGAACCAGUUCAAUGAUAUUCUGUUUGUAAAAGUUUAGAUGCCUAAUAAAAGUAUGUUUAUAUUUUUA